GGAAGCUGGGAUUGGCUCCCUGGGAAAGGAGGGUCUGGAACUGGCGUGGAACUGUCCCACUCAGGCUCUCUGGAAGUGACCAAGAUUGCUAUAUAAAUUGCCACCAGCAAGGCUGAAACAUAACACAGCUCACCUUUCCUGCACAGCGCAGAUUGGGACUCUGCAAAAGAAGUCAAAUUCAGAUCCGGAGAAUCCCUCUCGACCCAUCGCCAUGGAAAGAUACGUCUCUGCCGUCCGCAAGAUGGAGCAAACAGUGAUGUUUCCCAGCCUCCUCCUCGGGGUCUCCUUGGAAGACCAGGCUGAAACAUUCGAGACCAACUCGAGCAACGGAGACUCCAGCGAGAGAGACCUGUAUGAAGACUACACUCUGCUAAAAUCCAUCAAGGGGAGGGCAGAGGGUGGCUUAGCACCUCUUGACUUCCAGAAUCCCAGCCUCAAGGAAGAGGAGAGCAAAGAGAAGGUUGAUCUGGAAGAUCUCUUCCAUUACCACGUGUCCGGCUUGCACCGCGUCCUCACCCAGCUGACGAGGAGGGCCAACGCCGUAACUUCCAAAUAUAAUGAGAUCAUGGGGCAGAUCAACCAGAACGAAAUCUCUCUCCGCUGGUGAGACACACGCCAAGGACACGAAAGGUGAGUUAUUGGCUCAGCCCAGCCACCAUGACUAUGGGAGCCAUGGUCCAUAAGAUCUGGUGGGAACAGCUUGGUUUUCUACAACAAACAUUCUCCUUUCCCUCUAUGUUUGUAGUCUCCUGUUGCUGCACUGCCUGUUAACAGAGUCAAAGAGCUUUUAAAAAUAUGCUUGCAGACUCUUCCUUCCUUCCUGGUUCAUUUGCACAGAAGAGAUUUCUUGGCCAGCUUGACUGUAACUGAUGGGAGUUGUAGUCCUGAACAUUUGGCGGCCACCAGGUUGGGAUAGGCAUUUUCUGAUUUGGCAGGCCCAGAAGUGAGGGUUGGGACCUCUGCAUAUUCUCAGAGGUACUCUUUCUUCACUCAUCUUGCAUGGCUUAGCUUUGGAACACAGACUAUUUAUUCUAUGGAAAGCUUAGAGUAGGGCUCUCAGUGGGGUUCUAUCCAGACACUGUUAACAGUGUUAUAGCACUGAGGGCUCACAUAUCUUUCUUUAGGCUCCAGGUACCCAACACGACGCCUUUCCAGUGUUGCUGAACUAGAACUCCCAUCAUCCUUGACCAUUGGUCAUGUUGACCGGGAAUAUGGGAGUUGUAGUACCCCAAGAACAUCAGGAGAACCCCAUGUUGGCUAUCAGUAAAGUUCUGGGGCUGAGUCACAGGGACCCUUGUUUUAAAUUAUGACACAACCCACCUUGUUAACACCUUUUCCAUUUUCCGUUUUACAGGACAACCUGCCUUUCUGAACCUGCACAUGUAUACAACUUGGGUCCUCUGUCUGAGGCUGUACAAAGAAGGCUCUCAAUGGACAAUCUAGAGACCUUGACUGCAGCAUCUACCCCACAACGUUGUGUAGCAUGGACUUUACUUGAAUAAGCCAAGCACUGAUAUUUGUGAACGUAAUUGCUAUCUAUAUUAUAUUUGUGAACAAAAUGGCUAUCUGUACGGUAUUUAUGGAUAUCUAUAAACUCCAUGGCAAACGUAUGCCUUGGGUUUGUUUCCAUUGCUUUCUGAUGUUUAAAUAUUGCUUUUAGUUCAGACUAAUAAAGCACUUUGCAUUGUUUGAAGCUGCCUAGACCAUUGUUUCAUCUAGUCCUGUAGUUGUCAACUACCCUGACAGGUAAUGGCUCUCAUCCGGAGACUUUGCCUGUUAUGCUUGCUAUCUGAAAUCAUUUUCAUUAGAGAUAAGCUCCGUGCCACUUCAUGGCUCCUGUGAGGAAAUGAAGGGCAUCAGUGUCCUGGCAGGACCCACAAUUCAACUUUCUCUCUUUCUCUCUCCCCCUCUGUGUUGGUUUACUGAGUCUAGGGGCCGCCAUUUUCCAUGGAGUGAUGUCAUCAUAGGGGUAUACAUUAGAAUGGCAGCUGCAAGCGAGAGCUGCUAUUGGCUGUCCCUGCUAGGAGGCCCCACCCCCCACUAUAGUAUUUUGCUAAGGGAUUCUUCCAACCUGGAACUGGCCAGGAUUUCAGAUAGGGAUCCCUUCCCAGCCCUGGGGAUACUGGGGAUUGAUGCUGGGACUUUUUGCAUGUGAAACACACACUAUACCACAGAACUGUCUUGCAUCAGAAGCUGGGAUAGCUCAGUCAGUAGAGCAUGAGGCUCUUAAUUUGAAGGUUAAGAGUCUGAGCCCCACGUUGGGCAAAAUAUUUCUGCAUCUACAGGGGCUUGAACCAGAUGUCCCUUGUGGUUCUAUGAUCCAGAAAUUUUGGCGGACCUUCCCAUAACACCAAACUGAGAUUUUAGCUGAGUCCAAGAAGGAAUUCUCAAUCCCUGUUAGGGAUUUUCCUCACCCACCGAAUCUAGGAUUGCCACCUUUCCCAGGUUAGGGUUCCUGCUCUUUGAAGAACAAAUGACUUGUGACAUACCUGCUCUUCUAGCAGGAAGAACCUAAGAUGUGUAUAAUCAUUGCUGAAGUCUCCUCUGCUCCUCUGCUCCUCUCCUCCAUGGGCUACAUUUGUUAAUGCUGGCAGGCAGGAGCCAGUGUGGUGUAGUGGUUAAGAGCGGUAGUCUCGUAAUCUGGUGAACCGGGUUCGCAUCUCCACUCCUCCACAUGCAGCUGCUGGGUGACCUUGGGCCAGUCACACUUCUUUGAAGUCUCUCAGCCCCACUCACCUCACAGAGUGUUUGUUGUGGGGGAGGAAGGGAAAGGAGAAUGUUAGCCGCUUUGAGACUCCUUAAAGGGAGUGAAAGGCGGGAUAUCAAAUCCAAAUUCUUCUCCUCCUCUUCUUCUUCUUCACUGCUUUAAGCUGUUGCGCCAACAUGUCCUCUGCAAUGCUCUAAGGUCUUUCUCCCCAGUGUGCUUUUGUACAUACUUUGCAGUUGCACGCACCGCCACAUCAUCCAAAGCUCUUGUUAUAAGAAAAACUUCUCCCUUUCCCUUACGGAGUAUUCCAGAGCCCAUAUACAGUCCUUAAGUGGGUUCCCUAUCUGUAGGAGAAAACAACAGAGGCCAACCAGAGUAUAUUGAGAAGCAAAGCGGCUAGUAAGCCUGGUCUUUAUUCAAGGAACUGCUGCAGCAGGGUCCCCACUCACCACACGCAGGAGGGAGGAGAACCCUGAACAAUGGUGCGCAAGCCCUUAUAUAGACUCUUGAAAUUGCCCACCCUGUAGCCCAAGACCACCACCCCAAAACCUCAUACAUACAUCACAGAAGGAGGCGGGUCUACAGUAGAAAUCCUGUCUGCCAGGAUACCUGAUAAUGGUCCCUGACUGCAUGACCUGGGCAGCCUGGCCAUUCUUUGGUGAUGGUUAAUACUUUAGUUCCUGAAUACAGGUCUCAGGUUCACCCGAUUCAUACACAAAUAUGCCCUCAAGACAGGAUUUGCAAGCAAAAAGACGAUGGGAAGGUUUUCCCCAUUUGCCUCCCUUACUGCAGAGGAAUAUUUGAGCUCAUUGGGAGAAUCAAAAUGGUUUCAGAAUUGCUCUCCUGUGCUAUUUCAGACACAUGGUUAAUAUAUUUAGAUAUGUGUGCAUUUAAGAAUUAUGGAAGUAUUUAAAAAGUGACCAGCACUCUGAAACACGUUCCAGGUUGAGCCACCUGGGCUCCUUCCAGGAGACACGAGGAUUUAUGGGACUCCGGAGCAUGAUGCGAAACCAGCAAAAGUCGAUGUUAUACAGUUAUGGACAAUAUAAUGGAGAAGCCAAAGAAACCCAAGGACCAGUGUGGCGCAGAAGUUAAAAGUAUCACACUAGAACCUGAGAGACCAGGGUUCGAAUCCCCGCUCAGCCACAAAGCUCACUGGGUGACCUUGGGCCUAUAGGGUGUGUUAACAAUUUUCAUCUUUCAAAUUCCCAAAACGAGGGGUGGAAUUCAAACUACCUUUUUUUUUCAAUUCAAAAGACAUUUUGGUUAAGUUAAUGUAAUUUUAUUUUGCGCAGUAAGCGAAACAUGUGUAAGGUUCCAUAGAAAUGGUUAAAAACGAUUGACAAGUAUUUCCAGUUAUGUUACAUAUUAAUAUUAUUUUCAUCUAUUAGCAUUAUUAUUAUUCAGUAUGACCUGACAUUUUCAGAAGGAAAAUUAAAAUUCUUUGGGGGGUUCUUCACCAAAUGUAGCCUUACUAAGCUAAAUGUUGUCCAAUCACAAGAGUAACAGCAGAUUUGAAUUCUGCACACCCAAAAAUGUAUUUUGAAGAUCCCUCACUGAAUAAAUUUGC